UGACGUCAUAGGCAAUGUUGCCAAAAAAAGUCAUCACACGACGCCAAUGACAUCAGAUCGGACUCCUCCACCCUAACAUCCAGUGACGACGUCAGGGCUCUGUAGCGACGUCAGGUACGCGGGAGCUGCCCUCCUUCCCCGACACCUUCGCCGUCCCACGCAUGCCCCGGAACUCGCGUGGCCGCUCCUCGUUUGCACGGGGGACGUCGUUGGCGGACGGACCGGCAGGCCGAAGCACGAACGCCGUCCGUCCGUCUUGAUUUGCGGCACCACAGCUAGCCAGGAGGCACCAGAGAAAUGUUAGGCUCCUUGUUAAUUUCAAAUAGGAGCUAUCUGGCCAAAUGUCUAGUUCGUGUCUUAUGCCUUCGAGGCUGGGACUCCUCUGGCCUAAGGGCUGCUCACUGCAUCUUUAAAGGCCUGCAUACUAGCAGGACACCUUGUCGUGGACAGGUUGCUCCUGUCUUCACCAGAGCACUGGCCUUUGGAGAUAAAAUUGCCAUUGUUGACCAACAUGGAGAACACUCCUACAAAGACCUGUACGCUCGAAGCCUCCAUCUAUCCCAGAUGAUCUGCAAGACUCUCGGGAACUCAGGCGGAGACUUGAAGGGUGAACGGAUUUCAUUUUUGUGCCCCAAUGAUGCUUCCUAUGUAACUGCACAGUGGGCUUCAUGGAUGAGUGGAGGCACAGCUGUUCCUCUUUACAGAAAACACCCUGUGUCGGAAUUGGAGUAUUUCAUCAAGGACUCUCAAAGUGCUCUCCUUGUUGUAGAGGAAGAGUAUGUGGAGAAGAUCACCCCUAGUGCUGGGAAACUUGGGGUUCCUGUGCUUUCGCUUCCCAAAUCUGGGAGAUGUGAUUCAAAAGUGGAUGCAUCCCUUUUUGAAGCCAGUUGCCCCAUUUCAGAGUGGAAGGGCAGGGGUGCCAUGAUCAUUUACACAAGUGGCACAACUGGGAGACCCAAAGGUGUCCUCAGCACCCACCAGAAUGUCCAAGCUGUGAUAACUGGGCUGAUUAACAAAUGGGAGUGGACAAAGGAUGACAUUAUUCUCCAUGUUCUGCCUUUGCAUCAUGUCCACGGGGUGGUCAACAAGCUGCUAUGUCCCCUCUGGGUUGGCGCAACAUGCAUCAUGCUUCCUGAGUUCAAUGCAAAGGCGGUCUGGGAAGCAUUUCUGAAACCCCAAGCUCCCCGGGUGAAUGUCUUCAUGGCAGUGCCCACCAUUUAUGCCAAGCUGAUGGAGCAUUAUGACAAGCAUUUCCGACAGCCUCACGUCCAAGAUUUCAUUCAUGCUGCCUGCCGGGAAAAUAUCAGACUGAUGGUAUCAGGGUCUGCAGCCCUCCCAGUCCCUAUCCUGGAGAGGUGGAAGAGCAUCACUGGGCACACGCUGUUGGAGAGAUAUGGGAUGACGGAGGUUGGGAUGGCGCUUUCAAAUCCACUCCAUGGCCCUCGUAUCCCAGGGUCGGUGGGGCUUCCACUGCCCGGAGUGCAAGUGCGCAUAGCCUCAGAAAGCUCACAAAAGGAAGGCCCUGCCUACACCAUCCAUGCUGAAGGCGAUGAGAAUGGCACAAAGGUGACCCCAGGUUUGGACGACAAAGAAGGGGAGCUCUUUGUGAAGGGGCCUACGGUAUUUCUGGAAUACUGGAACAGACCUAAGGAGACCAGGGAUGCCUUCACUCCUGACGGCUGGUUUAAAACAGGUGACACCGCUGUGUAUAAGGAGGGCACCUACUGGAUCAGAGGACGGACCUCAGUUGACAUCAUCAAAAGCGGCGGCUACAAAAUCAGUGCCCUGGAAGUCGAGCGCCACCUGCUGGCCCACCCCAGCAUUGCUGAUGUGGCUGUGAUUGGUGCCCCAGACAUGACAUGGGGUCAGAAGAUCAGCGCUGUGGUCAGGCUGCAUGAGGGCCAGGCACUGUCUCUCACGGACCUGAAGGAAUGGGCAAGAGAGUUCAUGGCACCUUACACCAUCCCCUCUGAACUGCUGGUGGUGGAGGAGAUCCCGCGAAACCAAAUGGGCAAAGUGGACAAGAAGCAGCUUCUCAAGCAUUUCUACUCCGCCUAGCGAUGGGUGCCUGGCGGGAGUCACGCAGGACGGGGAGGCUUCGUGACAACACCCUGGCCUGGAAAUGUGGGGCAGCGUGGUGAGGUUUUUCCAAAAGUGUGAGUGCUCUGUUUUCCAACUCCCCGGUGCCACCCUUGCAUUUUGACAAGUCCUUAUCUCAUGAUGAGUAAGGUUGGACAGGAUCUGCGAUUUAUUUUCUUAACUUGUGAAUCAACGUCUCAUAAAAUCUGGCUUUCUUCUUGCUCA